AUGACUAUAUGCCAAUUCUAUCAACGUGGUCAAUGUCGAUACGGCACCGCUUGUAAGUUUGAGCAUACCAUGGCGAGUGGAGGCACAAAUCAAACGUAUACCCGCCCUGGAGCUGACUUGAAAGUCAAUAUCUACUCAGCAGAGUCCAUCAAGAAUGACCUGUCGACAGGGAAGGAGCGUCCUAUGUGGCCACUGUCUUCUUAUGGACCCGCUAAAUACGAACCAACCAUAUUUUCUGGCCUGGAUGAGUCUCCAGAGGAAUUGCGAGUCAAAGCAGUGGCUGCAAUCAAAGGUGGCAACAUGAACGAAUACAUAAACUAUGAGUCGUCGAAGAUCGCUAAUGCUGAACAAGUCAUUUCGAAUGGGGCCAGCAACUCUAACCAAGUCUACGAACAAGCAACAAAGAAUGAUAGCAGUUCUGCGUUGCCCGGAAAUACAACUUCUGCUUUCGGAGCGACAUCUGCAUUCAACACAACUACGUCUGCAUUUGGUGCCCCAGCUACUACAUCGGCGUUUAGCAAACCAGCUUUUAGUCAACCAGCCUUUGGGCAGUCAGGGUUUGGGGCUGCUGCGACGACAUCAGCUUUUGGUACCAAACCUUCAGCAUUUGGCCAACCCUCAACAUCGGGAGGAGGGGCUUUUUCUGCCUUCGCGGGUAAUGGAACUUCGGCCUUUGGCGCUACAGCUUCCAACAACCCUACCCCGUCAUCCACUAGCACUACAGGAUUCUCCUCUUUUGCUGGCAGCGGCACCUCCGCAUUCGGAGCUACUGCUUCGACCGCGAAACCGUCUGUGUUUGGAUCAUCUCCAGCAGCGACGAAUACCGGAGGGUCUGUUUUCGGUCAAUCCAGCUUUGGUAAUACGAGUUCGACCAACUCAGUGUUUGGUGCGAAGCCGACGACAUCGGUUUUCGGCGCGCCUUCAACUACCUCCGCGUUUGGAGCUCCCGAGACCAAAUCUGCUUUUGCUGCGUUUAGCAACCAAGGGGGUACACCUACGACAACUACGACAACUACGACUUCUGUAUUCGGUGCUCCAGCUUCAACAUCUGCGUUUGGAGCUCCCGAAACCAAAUCUGCUUUUGCUGCUUUUAACACUCAAGCAGCUACUCCUGCGACAACUUCGACUUCAGCAUUCGGUACUCCAGCUUCGACCUCUGCGUUUGGAGCUCCAGCUGUCAAAUCUGCUUUCGGUGGCACAAGUAACUCAGUAUUUGGGAACACGCCCCCUGCAACUGCAUCGGCUUUCGGUCAAUCUUCGUUUGGAGCUAGCAGUGAUAACAACUCGGGGAGCGCAUUUGGCACUACCCCCGCAUCGGCUUUCUCGGCUUUUGCAACUACGAAACCCGCUGCCUUCGGGCAGCCCAUCGCGUCUGCAUUUAAUACGACCCCGAGCUCGGCGUUCAACUCGGCGCCAUCCUCUGCUUUCAACACUUCCGCGGCACCGGUCCAGUCUGCAUUUGGUAACCUGAGCCAGCAACAACCAUCUAACGCUUUUGGCGGCGGGGCUAGGGCCACCUUCGCUUCGACGCCAGGACUACCCUCGGGACCCCCGCCCCCUCCUGAUUUCGAGAAAAUCAAGUCUGAGCCGACGCGCUAUGUGCCUGGGUCAACGAUGUACGAUUCUGUUCUGCCGCCAGACUAUAUGGGGAAGAUGCCGGAGCACGUUUUGUCUGCGUUCAAGGCAGUCAAGUUUGAGUGGGGAAAGGUCCCUGAAUGGGUACCCCCAAUUGAGCUACGGUGA